AUGAAAUAAUAAUAACACAUUUAGCUACCUAAUUUAUCAAAGUUAUAAAAUCUUACAUCAAGUGAUAGAAGUCCUAGAACAGUUAAUACACCAACAAGAAAGGCAAGUGAAAUUCUUGUUAAAUUUAAUUUUCAUCUUAAUCCUUCCUUGCAUAAAAAAAAAUAAAUCAAAAAUACCACUAAUAAUGAAUUUUAAACAAAAAAAAUAAGCAAAGUUACUAGAAAUAUUAUGGAACUCGUAAACAUUUUUAUAUUAUAUAAUUUAAGAGAAGAAGAAAAAAAAUGAAAUGUGAUUCUUUGUAAAUCAAACCUAGAAUUUAAGCCUGUAAAACUAAUAAAGGAGGCACAAUUUCUGUCCUCAAAAAUAAUGAAUAAUGCAGAUCUUAUUUACAUAAAAAAUACAAAGAUUAAAUUUAUACUGGUGCAUCAGAAUUUAGUGAUAAAAGUAAAGAUAAAUUAAGAUUAUAAAUGGUCAAAUGGUUAAUAGAUAAUAAAAAAGAAGUUGUUUGUGCAUUAAAUGAAAAUAAAUAAAAUAUUUUAGAAUGGGUUUAAUGUGUUGAAAAAGUAGACAGAGAUGAAUUUGAUAUUAUUCUUCAUGGAAUUCAAUUAUACAAAGAUCCCAACUUAAUUAAUCGUUUAUUUUGGUAUCAAUAUCAAAUAUUUUUAGGGUUUUUGAUUUAAAUGAUGAUGGUUAUAUUGAAUUUAAUGAAAUUUAAUAUUCAAUUAAUUUAUUUAGAGAGUAUGAUUAAUAAGAUAAAAUUCAGAUAUUUUUUGAAUUAUGUGAUGAAAAUGAUGAUGGUUAUAUUAAUGAAGAAGAUAUCAAAAAAUUUUUCUCGAAAAAUCUUACUAACUAAGAAGAACUUAAAUAAAUGAAAUUUCUCAUUAAGGAUUUCUAUUAAGAACUCAAUCCUUAUAAUUAAAAAGGAUUGAGUGCAGAUGAUUUAUCUAAGGCUACAUUAAGUGAUUAAAAUAUAAGAAUCAUAGUUGAAAAAAAUACAUUGAUUCUAAAAUCUAAUAAUAAAAAAGAAGACGAUAUAGGUUCAAGUCUUAAUAAUCUCAUUUAUUCUGGCUAAUAGUAAUACUUAUAUUAAUUAAUUUUUUUAGUGAAGGUAAACAAGGAAUAUUUUUCCCUUAAAUUGAAGGAUUGAUAGAUGCUUUAAUAGAGAAAGAUAGAAUUAUGAUGCAAUAUAAAUAAAUUAAAUUGGAUUUUGAUUAGAUUGAAGAUAAUUCUGAUUGA